GUUUCGCUGUGGAAUUUACUCCCAUUUUGGCUUCUGGGUAUAGCUUAAGUUUCAGCUUUUUUCUGUAGUUUAUACUUUCUUUUUGGAUUAAAACUUUGUGGGGGGUGGUGGGGUUUGAAAUUUUGAUCAUAAGAAGAAGACUUUUCAGAACAAUGAACUUGAUGUUCAACGGGUGCAUUCUCUGGAGGUUGCACUCAAUUCUUUACAACAAAUCUAGUGUCGAUAAAAGCUUCUAUUUUUGGAUUUUCCAGAUCUUUAAUAGGUACACUUCAGGGACUUAGCGAGUGACUUUGAUACACACAGCCCUCCUUCUGCUUUUGCUCUGUUUUGUUCUGUUGUUUUCUCUGGUUUUUUGUCUUUAGUUUCUUUAUAUAUAGAGUGUUGUGAGGUAGUAAACAGAUUUGGACUGGAGAGUGUAAAAAUGGCAUCUUUGCCACCUGGUUUUCGGUUCCAUCCAACUGAUGAGGAAUUGGUGGGAUAUUACCUCAAAAGAAAAGUAGAGGGGCUUGAAAUUGAGCUUGAAGUCAUCCCUGUGGUCCACUUGUACAAGUUUGAUCCUUGGGAGUUGCCAGAUAAGUCAUUCCUUCCAAAACGAGAUAUGGAAUGGUUCUUCUUCUGUCCAAGGGAUCGAAAAUACCCGAAUGGCUCAAGAACAAACAGAGCCACCAAAGCUGGCUACUGGAAAGCCACUGGAAAAGACCGGAAGGUUGUUUGCCAAUCUUCUUCUGCAACAGGGUACCGAAAGACCCUUGUUUUCUAUCGCGGACGCGCGCCUUUAGGGGACCGGACAGAUUGGGUAAUGCAUGAGUAUCGACUCUGUGAUGAUCUUUCUCAUGGAUCACCAAAUUUUCAGGGAGCUUUUGCUUUGUGCCGUGUUGUUAAAAAGAAUGAGAAUGCACAGAAGACGAGUCAUGGAGAACUGAAGGGAAAGAGAGUUGGAAGCAGUUCAAGCAUUGAGGAUUUGACUUCCACAAGAGUUUCUAAUGAGCCCUUGAGUAUCUCCGGUGACAUUUCUUCUCAAGCAAGCUGCCUGUACAAUGAGAGUCGCUAUUCGAGCCCUAUGACUUCUCCUUAUCCUUCUGAAGUCACAACAAUACCCGAGUCUGUGCCUGCUCUGAUGGAUUCAAAUCCUGCAAAUCUCUGGGUCUCGCCUGAACUAAUUCUUGACUCAUCAAAGGAAUAUUCACAGGUCCGUGAAGCUGCAUCCUUUCCUCAGUAUGAGUUUCCAAGCUCAAUGACUCCAUGGCAGUCAUAUGAGCACACGGAUUUCUCCCCAAGUUCAUCCUACUCGAAUUUCAAUGGAGAAAUUGAAUUUGCUGAAGAUCUCAGUCGAAUUGGCUGCAUGUCACCAUACUCAGGACAAGUAAAUUACCCAAGUUUUUAUGGUAAUGAAGAUAUGUCCUAUGACGGUUAUGAUCAAACCAGUUUGAUAAAUUAUUCAAGCCUCUUCUAGAAAUAGAAGAGAAGAUCAUUCUAGCUUCUUCUUUCUCCAAUGCCGGGUUCAAGCAAGCAAGUAAAGCUGGGAAUUUUAUUGUGGUCUCUGGUUUUAGUACAACAAUUUGGUGAUUGUGAUUGAGGGGGUCUUGUAUUAGGAUUGGUCAGCUGGUGUAACUUGCAUCUCAAGGGGUCUCCAAGACAACGCCUUUUUUAAUGUUAGAUCUUGGAGAGGAAAAUAAUGAGUAAAUCCCCUUUUUCUAUGUCAAGUUCAGGUUUAAUUUUUUUGUCAAAAGUCCUGGUUAAAUGGUUUAUGCUUACUGUAUUAAGUUGGAUUAAUAGUCGAGGGUUGGGUCGGUCUGGUUUCAUGUUUCGGUUUAGUAAAAGAACCCCCAGGUGGUCACUUUUAUCGAUUUCACCUGGAGAUGGAAUGCUGGAUGAGUCACGGUUUGUCCUAUCUCUAUCAUCAUAGAAAUAAGCUUCUUGCAGCAUAUUGUAUGUUACCUUCUGAUAUAUGUUAUUAAGGUUUGUCAUCUAUAUAUAU